AUGGCAGCGCAGCACUGUCUCCAACUCGCCCGAAUACAGCCCGCGGUGCUGUGGCAGACACGGACCAAGGAUCCGGGAGCCAGAAAGGCGACGGAACUGGAGCGGAUGAGUCCGCAGAUAGCAGCCCCCCUCGCCUCCGUAUUGAUGCGCGCCGCUCACGCGCCCUUCCGAAUGCAGACUCCGCCGGCAAAACUGAUGCGGCAAUACGGCUCCGGCGAAGAAAAAGCGCGGUGCCGCUCGUCCGAAGGCUGCUCCCACACGCUCUUCUUCCCUUCUCCGGCCACCGGUCCUCCGGCCAACGGCCCUCCGGCCAACGGCGCUCCGGCCACCGGUACUCCGGCAGCCGGUCUUCCGGCCACCGGCCCUCCGUUCACCGGCCUGCCGACCCUGACCCCAACUACCCGGCCUCCACCGUCCAGGCCUCCGCCGACUCGGGCCCAGCCGACCCGAGCUCCGCGGACAUCCGGUCCGUUGACCAGGCAACCCGCUAAGCGAACCUUGAGCCCGGCACGUUUCGACCAAGAGCCCAGCACCAGCAGUGGGCCGAACGGUUCUGUCCGCAAGCAACAGCUUGGGCCUGCGCAGAAGAAACAGCGCUCAGCUGCCGCUCCGGACGGGAUGCAUCUGUGCAACCGCAUCACGAAGUUGAAGGUCGGCAGGAAGACCCAUCCGGUCGCCCACUGGAAGUCGACCGUACUCGAAUUUCGCCAUAUUGAUGUACCGUCUGACGCCGAGCUUUCCGAAGAAGAAGGAGAGCUGGAAGAUUUCGUGGAUGCCCGUGACGGGCAAAGUGGAUAUGUAGAGGCUCGUGAACGCCUGGAGAAGCUGCGUGAAGACAUCCAGCUGCGCGGCGGCAAAAGGUUCCGUUGUCCAUUUUGCGGCUUUCUUGCCGGCAGUACUGGUCGUAAGGAGACCGUCGCGCGUCACGUGGGCGGGAUUCCAGGACACGGAGGUCAGCGGUCGUGCUGGGCUUGGGCCACGUCGGAUGAUCCAGUCUCCCGUCACGAAUACCUGCUGCGGCGCUUCCCCACCCGCAAGGUGCAAUGGGUGAUGCUGAACGAGAACGGGGACGAGACGGGAGAAUCGGGCGAGGAAAACUGGCCUCCGGCGUGGGUUGGGCGCACUACUUACCUGUACCCAGAGCACGAACUAGACGCUCAUGUGGUCCAGCAACACGCGCAGGCCGAUGGGCAGCAGCCUGCACUGGAGGUCCUGGCCGGUGGCGACGCAGAAGAAGUGCCGCAACAGCCGGCAGCGGCUGCGGGGCACGCCGCGCUGGACAGCUGGACGGAGGAGGACGAAAACCUGGUGGAGACCGGGGCAGGUUGGGACGCUCUGAUGGCUGGUGGGGAAGCGGUUCCCGAAAACCCAUUGCUGUCGGAGGAUGAGGAUGGAACUGGCGGGGCAGCCUAA